AUGUCCGACAUUAUAACUGUAUUGUCGGAUCCAGUGCUGUUUGGACAGUAUGGGCCACAGCUGCGCGAAGAUCUGCUCGCGCACGUGAAGAAACAGCAGGAGGAAAACUGCCGCCUUAAGACCAAGAACGAGGCAUUCCAGACCGCCUUAGGCGAGCUAGGCACGGUCCUCAACUCGGUGGCCAGGGGCGAUCUGUCGAAGAAGGUCCAGGUCCACGAGCUUGAGAGCGAUCCAGAGAUUCUGAAGGUCAAGAUCACCAUCAACACUAUGAUGGACCAGCUGCAAACGUUCGCGCACGAAGUGACGAAUCUGGCCACCGAGGUGGCUAACGGAAAACUUGGUGGCCAGGUGAAAACCCACGAGAUCCAGGCGAGUGGCGUGUGGCGUUCCCUGAUCGACAACGUGAACGCGAUGGCGCUGAAUCUCACUAACCAGGUCAGAGAGAUAUCGGAGGUGACGUCUGCUGUCGCUGCGGGAGACUUGUCGCGCAAAACCAACGUUUACGCCCAGGGAGAGAUUUUGCAGCUGCAGAACACAGUGAACAAGAUGGUGGACCAGCUGCGUAAGUUUGCUUUUGAGGUCACGCGGGUCGCCAGAGAGACAGGUGUGGAGGGCCGUCUGGGAGGACAGGCCCGGAUCGAAAACGUUUCUGGUAUCUGGCUGGAGCUGACCGACAACGUGAACGCCAUGGCUCUUAAUUUGACCACACAGGUCAGAAACAUCGCGAACGUGACGACUGCCGUUGCGAAGGGUGAUCUCUCGACCAAAGUGACGGCAGACUGUAAGGGAGAAAUUUUGGAGCUCAAGAUCACAAUUAACAAGAUGGUGGAUCGGUUGCGGACUUUCGUCGAGGAGGUCAGAACGCUCGCCACUGAGGUCGGAACGAAAGGUAUCCUGGGAGGCCAGGCCAAUGUCACCGACGUCGACGGAGCAUGGAAGGAGGUCACCGAGAAGGUCAAUGUGAUGGCCAAUAAUUUGACGAACCAGGUGAGAUCGAUUGCAACGGUGACGACUGCCGUUGCGCACGGAGACUUGUCGCAGAAGAUCAAGGUCGAGGCCCAGGGAGAGAUUCUGCAGCUGAAAAGCACGAUCAACAAGAUGGUGGACUCGUUGCAGGUUUUCGCCAAGGAGGUGACCCGUGUUGCCAAGGAUGUGGGAAUUGAUGGUAAGCUCGGUGUGCAGGCCGAGGUGAACGAUGUGGACGGGCUCUGGAAAGAGAUCACCACGAACGUGAACAUCAUGGCUGCCAACUUGACGACCCAGGUGAGAGCGUUUGCGCAGAUCACAGCAGCAGCUACCGACGGCGACUUCACGCGAUUCAUCACUGUGGAGGCGUCUGGAGAGAUGGACGCCCUGAAGACCAAGAUCAACCAGAUGGUGCUGAAUCUGAGAGAGUCGAUUCAGAGAAAUACUGCUGCCAGAGAAGCGGCCGAGCUUGCGAACCGCGCUAAAUCGGAGUUUUUGGCCAACACGUCGCACGAGAUCCGUACGCCGAUGAACGGUAUUAUCGGUAUGACGCAGUUGACGCUCGAGACGCAGCUGACGCAAUACCAGCGCGAAAUGCUCUCGAUUGUGCACAAUCUGGCCAACUCGCUGCUGACAAUUAUUGACGACAUUUUGGACAUUUCUAAGAUCGAGGCCAACAGAAUGACGAUCGAGGAGAUCGACUUUUCGCUCAGAGGCACUGUUUUCGGCGCGCUCAAGACGCUGGCCGUCAAAGCGAUCGAGAAGCAGCUCGAACUGAUCUACAAGGUGGACAACUCGUUCCCGGACAAUCUUGUUGGAGACUCGUUCAGGCUGAGGCAGGUGAUUUUGAACCUGACUGGUAAUGCCAUUAAAUUUACGAGCCGCGGAAAGGUGACCGUUAGCGUCAAGAAGACGUCGCGGGUGAUUAACAACACGGACAAGCUGCUGUUGGAGUUUUGCGUGAGCGACACCGGUAUCGGCAUUGAAAAGGACAAGCUCGGUGUGAUCUUUGAUACGUUCUGCCAGGCAGACGGCUCCACGACACGUAAGUUCGGUGGUACUGGUUUGGGACUUUCCAUUUCCAAACAGCUCAUUCAUCUGAUGGGCGGUGAGAUCUGGGUCACGUCGAAUUACGGAGAAGGCUCCAAUUUCUACUUCACCAUUCUUGUUUCGCCAGCCAAGGUGGAUCUGUCCAGACAACUGGAAAUACUCUAUCCGUUCAGAAACCACCAGGUCUUGUUUGUUGCUUGCGACCACGACGGGCAGGCCAUCGAGGAGAUCAAGGAGAACAUCAAGCUGCUCAAGCUCGAGCCGGUCGUGGUGCACGAUGUUGACGAGGUCAAGAUCAACGACCCACUCUCCUAUGACACGAUCAUCAUCGAUUCUAUAGAAACAGGCAGAAGAUUGCGGCUGCUCCCUGAAAUCAAAUACGUUCCUCUGGUUCUUCUGCAUCCAUCGAUUCCAGCGCUGAAUAUGAGAGUUUGUCUGGACCUUGGUAUCAGCUCAUAUGGAAACACGCCAUGUUCGGUCACCGACCUGGCAUCGAUCCUCAAACCUGCACUGGAGAGCCGUGCAGCACCUCCUAACAGCGAUGGCUCCGCCUCUUACAAGAUUCUGCUGGCAGAGGAUAAUCUCGUGAACCAGAAACUCGCCGUCAAGAUCUUGGAAAACCACGGCCACCGCGUCGAGGUUGUUGAGAACGGUCAAGAAGCUGUGGAAGCCGUGAAGAAAAACCACUACGACGUUAUACUGAUGGAUGUCCAGAUGCCGAUCAUGGGAGGCUUCGAGGCAACGGCCAAGAUCAGAGAAUGGGAGAAAAAGAAAUACGUGGACUCGAUGGCUUUCCGCACGCCGAUUGUGGCGCUGACCGCUCACGCGAUGCUGGGAGACCGCGAGCGCUGUUUGAAGGCACAGAUGGACGAGUACUUGUCGAAGCCUCUCAAGCCGUCGCUCCUGCUUCAGACAAUCUCCAAAUGCAUACACAACAUGAACCAGCUCAAGGAGAUUUCGAAGAAUCAGAACGCUCGCGGGUCGAAUUUUGCCAAGCACCUGAAAAACGGGUUCGUCAAGACCGACAUCCACCACAAAAACGGCUCAGAGCCCGUGCAGGGCGAACAGAAGAUCAGAGAGCUUUCAGAAGAGGAGAUUGACGCUGCCAUGUCAUAG